GUAGUUUGUAGUCCUGUAGUUCUGCGUACAUCUGUGCCCUUUCUUUCUUUCUUUCUUCCUUUAUUUCUUUGUGUGUAUCUUGUAUACACACACACAUAUAUACAUACGCACACGCACGUACGCACGUACGCACGCACGCACGCACGCACGCAUAUCUCUUACUACCCAAACAAAGUUCAACUGAUGACAAGCUCAAGACCCUUUAAUCCCAACGAUUAUCCCGUCGUCAUUGGAAUUGAUUUCGGUACUACAUUCUCCGGGUGCUCUUAUUCAUUUGUCCACAAUGAUGAAGUAGUUGACAUUGUUAAAUGGCCCAAGCAAAACAACAAUGUCUAUCCCAAGACUCCUACAUUGAACUUUUACCAAGGCAGCUCAAAUCAAAUGGCUCAUUGGGGUAAUGCUGCUCGCCUAGAGAUGCUGCGCCCCACCGCUCGUAAUUCGGUGCUCCUCAAACAAUACAAGCUUUAUUUGGACGAGAAUAUCGCAAAAGAUCUCCCCCCACUCCCCAAUGGCCUGACUAUUGUUGACGCUAUUGCAGAUUAUCUCCAUGCUUUCCAUGAGCAUGUCGUAAGUGAAUUACGAAAGGGAUUCGCACGUAACUAUGGUCAGCAUCAAUUCAGAUAUUGCCUCACAGUCCCUGCAAUGUGGUCCGAUAGAGCAAAGAGCACUAUGCGUGAAGCUGCUAUCAAGGCUGGUUUAAUCGAGGAAAAUGAUCAUCGUGAUCGAUUGAUGUUGAUCUCUGAGCCCGAAGCUGCUGCUCUUUACUGUGAAAAGAAGUGCGAACAAUACAACCUUGGUCACAACGAUCAAUUCAUGAUUUGUGAUGCUGGAGGUGGUACUGUGGAUUUGAUUGUCUUCCGUAUCGAUGAACGCAGCGGACGUAAACUCAAGGAAUGGACAAAGGGUCAUGGUCAGUCGUGUGGCUCAGUAUUCCUUGACCGCCGCAUGCGUAAAUUGCUGAAGAAAAAGUUCAAGGAAUAUCUGUCGUCUAUCCCUGCGUCUGCAUUUGAGACCAUGAUGGACACAUUUGUCGAUCUUAUCAAACCCCAGUUCGACGGUGUCGAAGACCAGUUCAUCUCUCUACCUGCUGCCAUGAAUCUCGAGUCACUCAACAACCCAGCCAUUGGCCUAGAAGACGGUACUCUGUGCAUAAGUGCAGCCGAACUGAAACAAGAGGUGUUUGAGCCGGUCAUCAAGGAAGUCUUGGCAUUGAUCGAGGACCAAUUGAUGAAGGCAGGGUCAAUGCAGGCCAUCUUCUUGGUCGGUGGCUUUGGAUCUUCAAACUAUCUGUUUGACCGUGUCAUGGAGGACUUUGGCUCUCGUGUUGGGUUGGUGGCAGUUCCGCCCCGUUGUGAACUUGCCGUGGUCAGAGGAGCAGUCUAUUUUGGUCUGAACCCUCGCAUUGUUACCACUCGUAUUCCGAGAUACUGGUAUGGUAUUGACACUACCACCAGCUUUGAGGAAGGCAUCGAUCCCCCGAAUUACAAGAUCGUCAGAGCCGAUGGAAGUGUACGGUGCGAUAACAGAUUCUCUGUUUACGUCUGGCGUGGUCGCCCAUUAGAUAUUGACAAUUGUAUGUCCAAAGACUUUUUUGCCUAUUACCCCCACCACACCACAUGUACAUUGUAUGCAGCCGACACCGAAGAGCAACCCCGCUAUAUUACUAGCCCAGGUGUCCGUAAAGUAGCCAACUUCACCAUUCCUAUGCCAGAACUCACUGGUGUAAUGGAGGGUGAAAAGGUCGAUUUGUCUAUAAAAAUGUAUUUCGGUGAAGUUGAAUUGAGAGUAGAAGCUGUUAUUCGCGGAAAAACUUAUGGAACAACUUGCACAUUCGAUACAGACUAAACUGCCACAAGUGUGUGUGUAUAUUAGCCAUUUAUAGGAAUUUAUAAAAAACCAAAGAAAGAAAGAAAGAAAGAAAGAAAGAAGACAAGAAAUUGAAAUUGAAAUUGAAAUGUUUUGAAACGCGUUUUUGUUUUGUUUUGUUUUCUUUUCUUUUCCUCACA